GCCGGGCCGCGCUCGGCGGGCGAUCCCCGGGCUGACGGGGCCCGCACCCCGGCGGGGGGGGCCGAGCCUCGGCACGGGGAGCGGGGCAGCGCCCCGAAAGGUGCCGGUGGGUCUGAGCAUCCCCCUGACGGCCCCCGGAGGGCGGCGGGGGCGGCCGGCGGGAGCCCCCUUCGGAGCGGAGCGAAGAAAGUGCGAGGGGUCAGCGGUGCCGAAAGCAAGAGGCAGACGAGUAAUGGGGUAAUUAGUAGGAGCAACUCCUGGGCCGGCUGCCAGCAACACACGGGGUCUGGUGCGGGGGACUCCACCUCCCUGGGUCUGGAGCAAAGACUUUGGCCCCGCUGCCCGGGGGCGGGCUGUCAUCCCGCUGCCCUUGGCACUUAGACCUUGCACUGUGGGCAGUUUGCUGGGCUGUAAACAAGCUGCCCUGAGAAGGUGACUCUGUUGAAGUCUCUGAAAACCGCGGUGACUACCCCAAGGACCACACACUCUGCAGAGAGCCGGAGCCAUGCGUGUGGCCGUCAUCGGGGCUGGGGUGAUCGGCCUGUCCACUGCCCUGUGCAUCCACGAGCAGUACCACAGCCUGGUGCCCUCCCUGGAGAUGGAGGUCUACGCAGACCGCUACACGCCCCACACCACCAGCGAUGGGGCAGCUGGCUUGUGGCAGCCCUACCUGAGCGACCAUGGCAACUUGCAGGAGACGCUUUGGAGUAAGGAGACGUUUGAUCACCUCCUCAGGCACCUGGGCUCACCGGCAGCGAAGGAAAUGGGACUUUUCUUAAUUUCUGGCUACAACCUGUUUACACAGCCGGUGUCGGACCCAUCUUGGAAGAACAUUGUCCUGGGAUUCAGGAACUUGACAGCAAAAGAGCUUGAACUCUUCCCUGGUUACAGCUACGGCUGGUUCAACACAGCGCUGAUGCUGGAGUGCAGGAGCUAUCUGCCAUGGCUCACCAACAGAUUAACGCAGAGAGGAGUGAAGUUUUUCCAUAAGAAGGUUGAAUCUUUCCAGGAGAUGUUUGCCCAGGGCGUGGAUGUUGUAAUAAACUGCACUGGGGUGCGUGCCGGGGAGCUGCAGCCCGACCCGGAGCUACAACCUGGCCGUGGACAGGUCAUAAAGGUCCUGGCCCCAUGGGUGAAGCAUUUCAUCAUCACUCAUGACAUCAAAUCUGGUAUCUACAACUCACCGUACGUCAUACCGGGGAGUGAGUUCACGGUCUUGGGAGGGAUCUAUCAGCACGGCAACUGGAAUGAAGAAAACAGCACCCAGGAUCACAAAACUAUCUGGGAGAACUGCUGCAGGCUGCUUCCCGCUCUCCAGAAAGCAAAGAUCGUAGAGGAGUGGAGCGGCUUGAGACCAGCACGCCCCUUCGUUCGCUUGGAGCGGGAGACCCUCCGCCACGGCCAUUUCCAGGCAGAGGUGAUACACAACUAUGGCCACGGCGGGUUCGGGAUCACCAUCCACUGGGGCUGUGCCAUGGCAGCAGCCAGGCUCUUUGGGAGCAUCCUCCAGGAGAAGAAGGUGGCCGGCCCACCACAGCCCCGCUUGUGAGUUGCCUGCUCACCCGGGAUUCUUGUGACAGCAGUAGCUUAGAAAUCACAGCAGAAAGAUGCGAAUAACACACUGAUACACGUGGGCUGUUCAACCCUCCCGCCAGCUCCAACGCUGGUUCGCAGUGUCUCAGUUCCAGGUUGCAGCCACUUCUGUUGCUGCCGUUUGCCAGACGGCUGAGUUGCCUCCACCCCGGCCCUGCAUGACCUACCUAAAGGAAGCGCGUUAAAAUAUGGACUAAUUAUCUGUGGCAAAGUGCACUUCUGUCCCGGGGAUCAGUCUGCAAAGGGCAGGCAGGGUUCAUCUGAAAUCUUGACAGUCCUGCAGUUCAUCCGCAUGAUGGGACAGGAUCUGAAACUGAGCCAGUGCCACCUGAGGUCUUCACUGACUGCUCCGACACCCGGCAUGUAAUUAGAUUUGCAAGCUUCCCCCAGGAGGCAAAAGCUCCUUAGUAGGAAGAAGCUCCCAGAGAAGUAACAACAGCUCUACAAGCACGUGCUUCAGUUACAAUAGCUUUUCUUACAUUCAUUCCAAGACAAAGCAUGAGCCUACGGCACCUGGUUAGUGUAUCUGGCAACAGGCAGCAGCGCUUGCCUAAAAUGGGCUUUCCAAGUGAUGUUUUCAGCAACAAAAGCAACAUGUUCCAGCCCCGGGUACUUGCCAGACUCUAUAUAUAGCAGAGACCAUACACAAAAUAGCUGCUCUCGUCCCUAAAACUCCCACGGGCCCUUCAGUUUCUCAUUUCCUCCAGGCGUGAGACGCAGCUGGGGCAGCAGCACUGGGAGAGGAGCUGGCUCGGGGCAGGUUGUGCCUCCCGAUGGAGCUGGGGACGGCUCCCGGGAGGGUAUGACAUUGGGGCUGUUCAGUGACGCUGCUGAGGACCCCGUGCACUGUUCUGAAGAUACGGUUUGGCCGAUCUUCCCAUGCCAUGUGUCUUUCCCGCUCUAAAAAGCAUCGCAGCCAAGGUACUGAAUGGUGAAGAAGCAUUAGCCUCAAACCCGAAGGCUAGCCGGUUGUCCCGAGUCCCGCAGACGGGGCCUGGCUCGCUCUCCUCUGCAGAGAAGCCAACUGUUUCUUACUCAUCUGUGAUGCAGCUUCUCUCUCCCUCUGACUUCAUGUGCCAAAAAUAGCUCGUCAGCCCGGUUUGGGAUGGACCAGGCAGCUGCGCCCAGUGAGUGAGCGAUGCUGCAGGCCAGCUGGGCUCCCUCUGCCUCCUGGGCACCUGGCUUUAAACAAGUCCCACGAAAAGCCCAUGUUUUCCUGGCCACAGCCUGGCACCAGAGUUGCUCCCUGCCAAAGGACUUGUCUCCCGACACGCUGCUUCAGUUUCACCAAGGAAAAGAGAAACUGGUGAAGGCUUUGUGGGAAGUGAUGAGCACUCGGUGCCACUGGAGAUGGUCCGUGCAUGUGAGAUCUGCAGCCUUGCGGGCAUGGGCGAGCCUGGUCUCAUUUCCAGCAGUGCUGCAGAGGUUACUGUGCCAGCACCACCGUGGCCCUGGGACACCUUCCAGCGACCUCACUUUCCAUUGCACCCUGUGUCGGUGUUGUGUACUUCUCCAGCUUACACACCCUGGGCCAUCAGAAAGCUCUGACGUGCUUUGCUGAGUGCAUCUGCUCAUUGUCUGCCCUUUAACAAAAGCAGCGAUGGUUCCUCUCACCGUAAGGGCCAGUAUUUCCUGGUGGCUGCUGCUGUGUCCCUUCCCUUCCUUGCUUUUGGGAAGGGGCAGGGGGGUUGUGUUCACCUCCGCUCGGACACCUGCAGCGCUGACGAAGUGGCGUGGCACGGGAAUUCUCAUCGCUGCGGCAUGGGAAUUCUCAUCCCUGUGGCCCUGGAAUUCUCAAGGCUGCAGCACGGGAAUUCUCAUUGAUGCCGCACCCGAGUCCAAGGCUGUCGGAGGCACCGACAAGAGCAGGUGCUGACGUUCCUCUGACUGCAAUUCUGGCCCAACACAUCAGUGCUCCUCACAUCCUUGCAAAGUGUACAGCAUCCUAGGAAUGCUGCAGUCAUGCGUGCUUUCCACUUGUCACUCGAUUGCAGAACAUCAUCACUGCCCUGUGCAGCAGCGGCAAAGGGAAGCUCUGUUAGCGGCUCUGGAGCUACGGCACAGGUUAGGGCAGCGGAGCAUGGAUGUGCGGUGUGCCUGGCAGCUGAGGCACCAGUGUGCUUAAAAACACAAAGGUGGAACAUGAGGAGCCCUGGUCAUGUCCAGUCUCUCUGUCGGAAGGGUUUCCCGCUAGAUCUGGCAGCUCACCUGAUCCAUCAGCAGCCACAUCCAAAUAGGUGUAAUCAAGGAAAAGAUAGAAAAAAAGAAAACAAUAGCAGAAGAUUGACCAUUGAUUAAUGCUAAACCCAAUGGUCUGUGAUAGCGCUUCAGCAGAAGCUGUUCAGCGGAAUAGCACCUGCUCGAUUUCACUUAUUCCACAGAUGAAGGCCCAUAUUCUUCUCCCAUUUGCACUGCUGUAAAUCAAACCCACUCACCCGAUCGCAGAAGAGCUACGCCAAUGAGCAGGGGUGGAGCAAGUCAUUGUAGAGAUUACAAUAAGCAGUUGGUUCUUCUGAUCGUGGAGCCUACAGGAGCAGCUGUCCUGCGAUCUUACACGGCCUCUGAGAAAACAAACAAAAAUGAUUAAUGUGUAAUUCUAUUUGCAGUCUAACUUUCCUGAUUUUUUAAAAGGCCACAAUUUAGUAUGUGCGCACAAUAAAGGUAGUAUCCAACUA